UGCAGUACAGUACAGUACAGUGAGUUGCCGAGGAUAGGGGUAAAGUAUAAACGCCCCGGGAAUAUACUGAAUUGUACAGUUCACUUCCAAGGUUGUCUCCGGAGACAUCUCACCUUAUUCACUACUAUGUACUAUACGCCUUCUUUCUGAUACUCUACAUAGGUACAGUAUGAGACACAAGUGAGCCGUGCUGCGGGCUUAACAGGCAACCUCAGUAUACAAUUCCAAUUGGCUCCUUCAUACCGGCAAGACCUGGUAGACUAGACUAGACUAGGAAACCAUCUGCGUGCCGGAAAGAGGCACAGGCCGUAUAUACCUACUCCUACCUCCGCUUUCAGGUACCCUACCCGUGACUGAUCGGACGACUGACUUAUUUUCUCCUACUCAAACAACACUACCAUGACCACCAUCGCACAGUCCGCCAUCGCCAACCUGAAGGAAGCUGGCCUAGGAGAUGUCCUGCACGUCCCUGGCCAGCAGACCUAUCAAGCUCGAGAGGACUCGUACUGGUCCCUGACCCCACGACUAGGACCGUGGGCUAUCGUGCAGCCCCGAACCGCGGAAGAGGUCUCCCAGGCAGUCAAGGCCUUGGUCAAGACAGAUGGGUGCAAGUUUGCCAUCCGCAGCGGCGGCCACAUGUCCUUCGUCGACGCCGGGAACAACAUCGCGGCGGGCGUCACCAUCGAUCUCGGUCUCAUGACCCAGACGACCUAUAACCCAGAGACGAAGCUGGCGUCGCUGCAGCCCGGCGGCAGGUGGGCGGACGUGUAUGCUGAUUUGGAGAAGAAUGGUGUGUUGGUCGCCGGUGGCCGUGAGGGAUUGGUCGGGGUGGGUGGUCUUUUGACGGGAGGCGGGAUCACGUUUUAUACGUGCCGGUAUGGGCUUGGUUGUGACCAAGUCGUCAACUACGAGGUCGUCCUCGCCGAUGGCAGCAUAGUCUCAGCCAACGCUACCUCCUACCCGGAUCUCUUCCGCGUGCUGAAAGGCGGGCACAACAACUUCGGGAUCGUGACGCGCUUCGACGUGAACACCUUCGAAUGCCGGAACAUCUGGGACGGGAACGUCCUCUACUCCAAAGACUCCACCAACGAGAUCGUGGCGGCUCUCGUCGACAUCACAGAGGACCUCGCCGUGAACCCAGUCAGCCACGUCCUCGCAAUGUGGGGGUAUCUGCCUCGAAGCAAAGAGCACUUCAUCAACAUGGUCCUGACGAACCUCGACGGCGUCGAGAAUGCGGAGCCGUUUCGCAAGUUCCUGGAUAUUCCGGGGCAGCAGAAUAUGAAGACGACGACGGUGGCUAAAAAGCUAGUCGAGUUUCUGCUUCCCUCGAAUAGAUUUGAUUUCUGGUUAACCCUCACAUUCAGAGUCGACGCGCGAAUCAUCCAAAGAGUCGCAGCGGGGUUCGAGAAAAUGAUAGAAGAAAUCCAGAAGUCCAUCCCCGACAGCAACUUCUAUCUCUCACUAGUCCUGCAGCCACUGCUCAAGUCCUGGGCGCAGCACUCCGUUGACCGGGGCGGCAACAUACUUGGACUCGAGUGCUUACCAGGAGACUGCAUCAUUAUGGUAGCGACCGUGGAGACCGAGUCACUAGAGACGUUGAAUGGGGCCGGCGCGCCUGCGAUUAAAGCUAUGUUCGAUGAUAUAGAGGCGUACGCCACGUCGCUUGAGAAGAAUGUAGACUUUCUCUAUUUGAAUUAUGCAGGUGGUGGACAGAACCCCUUCCAGACCUACGGUGAGGAAAACAUACGAAAGAUGAAGGAGGCGUCAGCAAAGUACGAUCCUACAGGGGUGUUUCAAGAGAGAGUGCCGGGUGGCUAUAAGAUCUCCAAGGUGAACUGAGUCAUUGAACUUCAUUUAUUGUACAUUAGGUCAGAAGGAUCCUUGAAACGUAGAGAAAACAAGAAGUCUUGCGAGGUGGAACGAUGAAUUGUCGUGUCCGGGUAUCGCGACUAAAACGAGUUACUUAUUAUAAUGAGCCUGGGGAAUUCCCCGUUGGCUACUCCAUCCAUACCUAGAUAUUGCUGAUCAAGGCAGCCCAAACAUACAGCCAAUACCACCCUUCAGUCUCCGGCAACCGUAGACUCCCAUAAUUA